AUGGCAUCUCGAAAACCAAACGCGAGUGCAGUGAAAGCACUUCAAAAAGAACUUAAAGAUUUAAAUGAGUUCCCAGUAGAAGGAUUUAAAGUGAUGGUUUCCGAGGAAGAGAACAUUUUUGUCUGGGAUGUCGCCAUAUUUGGGCCACCGAUGACUUUAUAUGAGGGAGGUUACUUCAAGGCACGGUUAUGUUUCCCUGACGACUAUCCAUAUAGUCCACCUACAAUGCAUUUUAUUAGCAGGAUGUAUCACCCUAAUAUAUAUGAAAAUGGUGAAGUCUGCAUAUCGAUUUUGCAUUCCCCAGGUGAUGACCCUCAGAGUGGCGAGCUUCCAUCUGAGAGAUGGAAUCCGACACAAAAUGUCAGGACGAUUCUUUUGAGUGUUAUUUCAUUACUGAAUGAACCUAACAUCCAUUCAGCUGCUCAUGUCGAUGCGUCAGUAGCUUACAGGAAAUGGAAAGAGUCCAAUGGGACUCAAGAUGAAUACGAACGUGUGGUUACAUCACUUGUCAAAGCAACUCACGAGGAGGCCAAACAAGAUGGAGUUACGGUUCCUACCACUCUUGAGGAAUACUGUAUUAGUGGUAGACCUGUGUCUAAAACACUUUAUCAGUGCGGUGACCUAGACGAAUUAUCCAAUUAUGAUGAUCAUGACGAGUACUAUGGUUCUGAUGAUGAUGACGAUGAUAAUAUAUCAGUAGAUGUGAAGGAAGAUGAGAUCAUAUCUACCAAAGAGUCUCACUCGUCUACAAAGAUAGAUUCUGGAGUGGAAGAUCCCUGUAUAAGUAAGACGAAGCUUGGUGAAUCUUCGAGAGUUGUCGACCACAGGUUAUCGAAUGAAUGUGGUCGCGUUACGUCACCAAGCUAA